GUUGAGAGUUGCGCGCCGCGCCGCUUGACGAAGCGAGCGCUGCGCCGACGCCAGGGCUGCCCCGAGGCCGCCUGCGGCGCGCAGGAUGGCGGACGUAGACGCGCGGCCCUGGCACGAGGCCAAGGGCCUGGAACUGGGCAACUGGUUGCGGAACAAGUGCCCGCAGCGCCAGUUCGGCGGCCAGGCGAAGGUCGAUGGGCUCGUGCGCACAUUAACCGCCGCGCACGAACGCCUCGAGAAGGCUGAAACAGAUGAAGAGCGGUGUCUAGCCUGGGCCCACGUCGCGCUGGACCUCGAGGCGUCCUGUAAAAGGGCCGGCGACUUCCACCAGCUCUGGGUCGCCAACUUGUUGCAGGGCACGCCGUCGGAACCGACGACCGAGGCUGACAAAGAGGCUCAGACUGAGACGAAGGAGACGACUGAGACGGAGGCACAGUGCGAGAUCAUCGAGCCGGCCCCGACGCCCAAGUCGACGUCGACGGUACUACCACCGCUGGACCUCGCGGCCGCCUCCGCCGUCUCCGUCGAGCCGUUACUCUCGAAGACCGAGCGCCCGAAGACCCCGAAGAUCGACCCGCCCGGGUCCCAGAGCGCCCGGGCGUCGACGCCGAGCCCGGAGGAGAAGCCGAAUCUGCUCAAGAUGUCCAUGCUCGAGCGCCAGGAGUACGUCCGCAAGCAGAAGCAGGCGAAGCUCGAGAAGGCUCGGCAGGCGAAAGCUGACGCCGAGGUGGCGGAAAUGCGGGCUCCUCGUUUAAAUAAACCGCGGCGCGUCAAUGCAGCUCCAGUUGUCGCUCUCGCCGCCGAGAGGCUCAAGAAGCCCCUCAAGGUGCGCGACGAGAACAAGGCCAAGGCAGCUCCCAAGCCUGUGGCCGAGAAGAAGAAAGCGCCUCCCAAAAAAAAGAAAGUUGCGGCCGCGAAGCCUGAACCCCCGAAGAAGGAAGAUAAAGAUGAGCAGUUCAUGACCCGUUUAGCCGCGUUGCGCCACGACGCCCAGGCCAAAAUCGCGCAACAGGCGGCCGAGGAGGCGGAGGCGAAGAUCGCGCAACAGGCGGCCGAGCAGGCCGCCGCCGCCGUGGACCCGGCAGAGGCGGCGAGGGCUCUGAUACGGACCGAGGUCGAGUUCGACCGGAAAGUUGAUGGAAGAUACUUCUAUCGGUUGCGCCACGCGGACGACAUCGAGGCCAAGUCGAUCUACCGGAGGCGCGCGGGCAACGGCGAGGGCGUCGCCUUGUCCGUCGGGCGGGACGCGAAGAACGCGGAGCACGUCCUGCAGGUGCUUUUUGACGAAGACCUCUGGAACGCGACGACGGCCCACGACUACCUCGUGCAGCACUACUCCGUGGAGUACUCGCGGAGACUCGAGAGUAACUAAC